AUGGCGUGUGGCUCACAUUCAGAAUACAAAGGGGGUGCUGAAUAUCAGACAGAGAUCCUUGAAGGGGUUGGAAAAACAACAUUGAUUCGGAAAGCCAGUGAGGCGUUAAAGUCCUCCAGAGUGCCUGUUGAUGGAUUUUACACAGAAGAAGUCAGACAAGGAGGAAGAAGAAUAGGAUUCGAUGUCGUCACUCUGUCUGGUACUCGGGGCCCUUUAUCUAGAAUUGGGUCAGAGCCUCCACCUGGAAAACGUGAGUUCCGAGUUGGGCAGUACGUGGUUGAUGUGACUUCCUUUGAGCAGUUGGCCCUUCCUGUCUUGAGGAAUGCAGGUAUCAGUGGCCCAGGGCAGCGUGUCUGUGUUAUAGAUGAAAUUGGGAGAAUGGAGCUCUUCAGUCAGACUUUCAUACAAGUUGUUCAUCAGACACUGUCCACCCCAGGAAUCAUAGUCCUUGGAACAAUACCAAUCCCUAAAGGAAAACCACUGGCACUUGUGGAAGAAAUAAGAAACAGAAGCGACAUCAAGGUGUUUAACAAGAGUAGAGAUUAUUCUCAAGGCAAGGUAAUCAUUGCUUCUAAUGAUCUGUAA